AUCACUGAGACAGGAGACGCCCUGUUGUUGUAGGUCUGUUGCACGCUCAUAGUUGGUUCCUGCUCCUCCGCCGCCGUGUUGAAUAACGAUGCAGUGGGUCGACAUACUGUUCUUCUGACAUUGUGCACGCGAAGUGUUUGAAAAGCCGGAGUAAACGUCUCGAUAAGCUGUAAAGACAUUUUGCUCUAGUUUAUAAUGGACGGGUCGCUGCGGAUGUUGAUGCUGUGUCUGCUGCUUUGUGUUUCAAGUAACGGUUAUGAUGUGGAGGAGUACGGGAACACACACAAGAUACGUAUGCCCAGAGGGUCUCACUAUGUCCUGUUCAAACGCUCUGAAAGCUCAGAUGUGAAGAUCUUGUGGCAGCGGGACCAACCUGAAGCUGCUGUGGACAGUAGGCAGACGGUGAUUGGCAAAUACUUUGUGAUGAGGAAUCUAACCCAGAGAGACGGUGGCGAGUACAUGAUAAAAGACAAAAAUCAGCAUAUUAUACUACAUAAAACGGUUGAAGUAAAUGCACGCAAUCAGGACUUUACAUUGCUGAUGGGAGACACCUUCCAGUUCAGUUAUGAUCUGGAUUCGAGUGCCUGUAACAUUUACUUCCUCAAAGAGAACGAGGAGUAUCACAUUGUCCGUCAGGGCAGGCAAUACCACGAAAUGUAUGACUGCCCGGGCUAUGAAUUUAUAAAGCCAUGUGGGAUUCUCUCCGAGUCCGUCCAAAUGUCAUGCAACGGACUCUUUGUAGUCAAAGACAAUAAUGGUGACGACAUCUUGGAGGUGAAUCUGACUGUCGAAUUUUCAGCUUCACUUUUUGAUGGAUCUUACCUUGGUUAUGGUGGGGUUGCUGCUGUCGUGGCAGUUCUCGGCUGUUGUUUGAAGCAUUUCUGCUGUUGUAAAAGCUCAAAGGAGGGCAGCUCUCAGUCUCCUGCGGCUUCUGCCUCUGCUGCUGCUGAACCUAGCAUGCACUAUCAAAAGUAUGACCAGGGGCCCGUUGGACGGAGGACCAACCAACUCAGUCAGCCCUUUGAGAGGAUGAACCCCGCUCGGCCGACUUCUGGUCCAACUGCCCCACUGAUACACAAACCUCCUACUGUGCAUGUACCACCUGCUUAUUCUGAUGUUUCCAGCCAGGCUGAGCAGGAUGGCGCUCCAGCUGGUCCUUUCUUCUCCGGCCCUGAACCGAAGUUCGAACUGAAAGGGGUGACUUUUGUCUCCCCGCUCAGUUCAGACUCGGGUUACUCUGACGUUUAUAGGUCAGACAAACUCAACUUCCUCUCACAGCCCUGACGUGGUCCUAGAUAGAUGAGAAAUAGUCGGGCACAUAACCACUACCAGUAACAAAUUAGUGUUUGAGAUUUCUUAUUUCAUGGAUUAAAUACUGAAAAGUGCUUACUUCUGUUGACUGCUAAGCUAGCUGUUUGCAUGUGGUUUGAAGCUAACCAGUUGCUGGCUGUAGCUUCAUAUUUACCACAGGCAUGCGAGAGGUAUCGGUUUUCUCAUCUAACUUUAGCCAAGAAAAGGAGUAAAUGUAAACACCAAAAUAAACAGUUGGCGCUUAUUCAGUAUGUGCACCUAGUCACGAUUAGUUCCGCAAUAAUCCUUUAUGACAGUUAAAUGUCAGAGAAAGAGCGACCAUGUGAAGACCAUUCAUCUGCAACAUUUCCCUUUAUUUUAGGUUCAUUAUGAAAUUGAAAGCCUUCAAGUGCCACAUGUGAGCCACGGACCAGUGAAAACUCUGCAUUGAGAAAGGCUACAUUAAUUACACCAAGGUUGUGACAUAAUCAGUCCUACCUAAAAUAGCUAAAUGUACAUCAUCGUCUGAAUAUUUUUCAUUGCUGCAGCUCAGUAAGAGCAGAGCAGCUUGGCUGUGAAAGUUUUCAGGGAAGCGUAUCAUCAAUGCAAAGGGCUCUGUUUAAAUGUGGACAUUGUUGUUACGUUGGUGCUCACUUGAUAAAUUAACUGGUGCUUGAAUUAUGUAGUUGAAUGUAGAAUUCUUGAAAAUAGCUGCUCAGGUCAAACACACACACACACACACACACAGAGUGGCGUCAAAAAGCCAGAAACAACUUCUGAAGAUAGUUCUGUUUGGUACAAGUGUAAAUGUCAUUGUUUUAUCGAUGUAACAAUAAUAAUAAUAAUGCAUUGGAUUCAUAUCGCGCUUUUUCCGGAUGCUCAAAGCGCUUAGAAUUGUACUGCAUGCAUUAUUCAUUCACUCUCACCCUGGUGAUGAAUGGAAACGUGGCUGCUAGUUUGCGCCUACAGCCUCCGACCACCACUUACAUCACUCACUAAAUCAUACACCUGGGGGCAAGGUGGGUAAAGGGUUUUGCCCAGUGUCUUGACACAACAGGCAGACUAGGGAUAGGGCAGAAACAAACUGCCAACCUUUCAGUUAUUGUACGACCACUCUACCUCCUGAACUACUGUCGCCCCAGAUAUGAUUGGAAAGUUGGCUUUUUAAUGACAGCAGCAAACGAGCUCUGUAGACAAG